GUUUCUCUGGGCCGGCAGCGAGUCAUCGUCAGUUGCGACGGACGCGCCUCAGUGUCGGCAUCGUUGUAUGCCAGUUACUGACUAAAGACCGAAGGACUGAUAAUUAAGAAUAAAAAAGAUAAGUACGUAAAAACAAUCAGUUCUCCGAGGAUUUUUCGAUCGAUUCUAGGAUAACAUCAUGAGCUCAGCAACAUUUGCCGGGAACUCAGAUGGGUCCGGAGCUCCAGGAUUUUGUCCUGCCCCACCGCCGCCACCGCCCCCACCCGGGGUUGGUCAGGUGCCAGCUAUGAGGAUUAACACUGUUGAGACGCCGGUAUCGCGCCGCCCAAUGCCGAGUGCUAACGAUUCAUACGAGCCACCAGCUGCGAUUCAGAACGCAAUGAUGACCAAAGACAAAAAGCCAUUUACGUACACUCCAGGUAUGGGUGGUAAGCUCGAUUUAUCACAGAUCAGAAGCCCGCGGAUGGCGCGCAGGGUGGCAAAGAACGCUAAUGACGAGGGCAUCGAGGGCCCGCCAAAGUCGCCCCUGGCAGCUGAACAGCCACGUCCAGUCUCCACUGGUGCCAAUCUUUAUGUUCAGCCGCAAGUGGCUGUUCCGGUUUUUCCCACGAAUGCACCACCAGUGCCCCAAGUAACUCGUCCCGUUCAAGUCAAUCGGACAAUAUCCAAUGCUGGGGAGAGGAGCCAAGAGCCACCUAGACCGACAGUCAAGAUUGAGUCGAGGCCGCCGUCGCAGCCCAGCACCCCAGAUACUCCAACAAGUCCCACACAGGUGAACCUCAACAAGGCGCCUACACCCUGGAUGCAGAAGAAUGUCAGGGAGAAGCAGCAGGAGGAGCUCCCUGAAUGGGCGAGGAGGAGUAAUGGGAACGGCUCGGCUACUCACUCACCUCCACAGAGCCCCCCUGGAGUCGUUCCAAUCGUCCCCCAGUCUCCAGCUCCUCAGCAGCAGAGAGUCGUGACACAGAUGAGACCUGUGCAGUCGCAGCCUGGAGAACGAGUUAUUCCUCUCUGUGUUGAAGACAGACCCUCUGUAUUCUCGAUUAAGAACGAUCCCGGAGCCUCCGGGCAUCAUCAACUGAAACAGACACCCCCUCAUCACCAAUCGCGUUGGUACGCGCCUCAAAAUUCCCAGAAUCAACCCCCAGCGCCGCGACCUGUCUCCUCUCCCCCAGUGCAGCCCCAAUCAGGCGGAACUUUUAUUGUUCCAAUGACGAUUGAGGGAAGCGCCAGGAGUCCCCCUGUAAAUUCACAGUAUCAACAGCCGGCCUGGAAUGAGUACAGUCAGCCAACACCGGGUCAAGCCCGGGGAAAUUUCCAGCAGAGAGCUUCGGCUCCCAUUUCCCCUCAAGCUGAGUCCGGACCAGUCCAGUCGCGAUCUUUCCGUGUUCUUCAGAAGAUCACAGACACGGACAAUGACGAAGUGGAUUCCGAGCAGAUGCGCAAACUUCAAUUGACUGAGGACGAUAAAUUACUGAUGAACAAGUUCAAGGAGCAAGUCGAUGGCGACACGUAUCUCCAUCAGGAGGAGGAUCCGCGGUAUCGGGGGGCUGCCAUUCCCUCGAGGGCUUUCCGCUAUCUCCAGAAUAUGACUGAUGACGGGGUGAACACGAAUGCUGCACCUGCUCGCAAUAUGAACAGUGCCCUCAAGAAACAGAACAGGAACUCACGAACGUUCGAAGAGCCUCAAUCAAAUGUCCCAGCGAGUGAGCAACAGGUACCAGAACCGAAGAAAUACACCGGCAGUGCAAUACCAUCAAGAUCCUUCAGGAUACUCCAGGCAAUGACAACCCCCGAGUCCGUGGGAACACACGCCUCAAGUAAACGUGGCAGAUGGCCGGUCAGAUUUUCAUUUCUGAAUGCAAAUGUGUUUGUUGUAGCGAAUCAAGACAAUCGUCAAGCAGAAUUCACCUGUCAAACUGAGACUAGCAUGAUGCCGCAGGGCAAACAUCAGGGUGUAAUACCGCGUUAUCCCCAGCCUAUUACCUGGGCGCACUAUCCCAUUCCCCGUACAAUUAAUCCACCAAAUAGUCAUUAUCAUCGUAACAACAGCAUCGAGGAUGAAAAUAUUUCACCCACUUACGCUUGUGAUUAUGCGGACCAGAGUGCUUCUAUUGCCGAUAAUAUUCCAUGCGCCUACUAUCCUAUCUAUGACUACCGUUUGUGUUCACCAAUGUACCAUGACAUUUCCCAAUUACGACGAUUGGAUAGACAUUACAAUGAUUGUUUAGAAGUAUCGCAGUCGUUGGAUAACUGGGUUAAGGUGGAAACAGCUGAAGUCAGCAAGACUGAUGAUGAGGAAACGAGUGAUUGCGAUUGGUGGGGUAAGAUUAAAGAGACUUCGAAGACGCCUGAGGAUGAUCUGACGAGAGAAAUCAGAGGCCUCGAGGCACAAACUAUCGAUGCCAAUGCUGAUCCUAAGGAAAACGAUGACGAUUCAGACCCUCCAGAGACUUCCUCAAGCGCCGAAAACUGCGCGCUUGAUGAUGUGACAAGCGAUUCCGAUUCGUCCGCUUCAAACAGCGAAUCUGACUCGUACCUCGCGCAUUCAACAGGAUUCAAUGCUCGAGGAAUUCCCGACGCUGAGAAAAGUGCGGAGCUUGAACGUGUUAAGAGACCGAAUUCGAAAGAUCGCGAGAGUGAAGACGAGGAGGAGGGAGAGGAGGAAGAGCCGAGGCCAGAAGUAGCCGGAGAGAAUGAAAAUAGAGAUGAAGAACCGAAAGAUGAUGAAAUACACAAAAAGGAUGGAGCUGAUGAGAUAAAUCCGAAAGAAGACCUCGACGAGGCUAAGAAUAACUCGAACCAGGAUGACUCCCCUUUGACUGUGAACGUUCGUUUACCUCUGAGAUUCAGAAUCUCGGUGACCACCAACGAAGGGGAAGAUAAAAAUGUGAGUGGUGAUGGAGACGGAACGAAAUCAGCGCCUAAAUUGGAGGGAAAUACUGCAGUCAUUGAGGCAAGCACAACAGUUGACUUUACUUUGAGACGAAAAAGUCCGCUGAGACCGAAAUCGUGGUGUCCGGAGAAAUGUAUCGAUGAGUUUUGGGCUAGCGAGACGAUCCUGAAGAAGCGAAGUUUAUCGCCGGUUAUUUUCACCGCUCGGAGUGUGGACGAAGAUGAUGACGAAGGCGUGAGGAAUUCACAGGACGAUGGAGAACCUCGUGAGGAGAUCCAAUCAGUCCCGCAAUUUGAGCUGACAGUGGACGAAGGCCUUAAAAACGAAGAAGAGGAGUUGGCAGACGAGGGCAAUAAGAACAAGUAUCUAUUGACAGUCCAGAACUCACGCGACGAGACUGACGAAGAAGACAGUGGAGUGACAUCAGACCUGAGUAGAAUCAUUUCAGAAGUUGAUACAGACUCUGAGAGUACACCAGUGAGAAAGGCUUCCGCCUACAAACGGACUCAGACGCACUCGAGGCUGUUCAGACUCAUCAGUGGGGACUCAGUCCUUGCUGAAGAUGUCGAGGACAUUCCGGAGGACAAAUCUGAGGAGAAGCAUCACUUGGAUCUUCCGGGGAGGAAGUCCAGUGGUUUUAGUUACGAUCACUCGAACGACUCCAGUGGACUGACGUCGCCAGACUUCUCUCCGAUAUUCGAGACUUCCUGGCGGAGAUUUCAGGAGUCUGUGAGCAGUGGAGGAACGGACUCCGUCGGGAAAGACUCGUAUUUCCGGACUUGGAAGGAAGCCAAGACUCAGAGUCCUCAGGAUGUUGUUGCUUCGACUCGUAGAGUCGUUUUAAAUAUUCCCGCCUGGCCAUACAAAUCGAAAGUCCUCUGUCCAAGGGUCAGAAGCACCAAAAAUGUCCCCGGACGCAUUGCCAAACCCAACAAAUGUGCAAUUUGGUGUUGGGAAUCCCGGGGGACACUCAAUGGCGUGACCGCGGACCUGGCGUGACAUUUUUUUUCGCCCAUCGGCCCAGACACAACCGAUUAUUGAAAACACGAGAGAUAACUCCAGGAUAUUAAAAUUUUUAUUAUCAACAAAUUGUUUCAUUUUUUCGCUUUGAUGAAGUUAAAUUAAAAAAUAAAUAAAACAAUUGGAGAAAAGUGACUAUCGGUGUGUAUGCGUGUGUGUGGAUAUUUCUUUUUUUCUUAUUCAUUUGAUUUUCUAUUUUGUUACAAGAUUAAUCCAGCAAAGUCUCAACUCCCUGAGGAAUACAUUUUUAACUUAUGUGUAGAUAAUUCAACGAAUGUUACGUUUGAAUAUAAUUAUAUCCCAGCAAACAACAGAGCAGAACAGAGAAACGUAAAUAACUCAAUGGAAUUAACUCGUGGUUACUUGCAAUCACAUUGACACGAUUAAACUUAAUUAAUAAUAUAAAUAAUUGCUGUUGUUUAUCUCGAUUUAAGACUAUGUGUAAGCCACAGAAUAAAUUAUUUAUGAAGCGUAUGGAGUGAA